CACACACACACACACACAGGGACAUCUCCAUCCCUCCCUGAGAUCCUCACAAGGACUCUCGCGUGCCAUCAGAGAGGCUGCUGGUCACGGCUUCAGAUCCACGCCUCCACCGGUACCGGUACCAGACCUCCACGCCUCCACAACUGAAGCUCCUGAAGUUCCUGCAGCCCCUGAAGGCCUCUCGGUGGAGCAGUAUCUGUCAGUCAGGACUCGGUGAGUCGCGCGCCCCGCAGACGGACCGGCGCCGGGCGGCAGCUCCGGAUCCCCGCACCGACAUGGCGAAGGGGGCUCCUCUGGUUGUAUAGAAGUCUAUGCUUCAUGUGUUGAAGCUGCAUUCUCUCUCCUGACCACCAGGGGGUGACUCCUCAGGGAGUAUGUGGGACCAACUAUCCGACCAGCAUCUGCUUCAUCGUGGUGAACGAGUUCUGCGAGCGCUUCUCGUACUACGGCAUGAAAGCGGUGCUGGUUCUGUACUUCCUCACCUACCUGCACUGGGACCAGGACCAGUCCACCGCCGUGUACCACGCCUUCAGCAGCCUCUGCUACUUCACACCCGUCCUGGGGGCGCUCAUCGCCGACUCCUGGCUCGGGAAGUACAGGACCAUCGUCUACCUGUCCAUGGUCUACGUGGUCGGCCACGUGGUGAAGUCGGUCGGAGCCGUUCCCGUCGUGGGAACCGCCAACGUGCACAUCGCUCUGUCCAUGGCGGGCCUGGUGCUCAUCGCCUUCGGCACCGGAGGAAUCAAACCCUGCGUGGCGGCGUUUGGCGGAGACCAGUUUGACGAAGAGCACGGCAGCGAGAGGCAGAAGUUCUUCUCCAUCUUCUACAUGGCGAUCAACGCCGGCAGCCUGCUGUCCACCGUCGUCACGCCGAUCCUGAGAGGAGACGUUCAGUGUUUCGGAGGCGACUGCUACGCUCUGGCCUUCGGGGUUCCCGCCGCUCUGAUGGUCGUGGCUUUAGUGGUGUUCAUUGCUGGCAGCGGGCAGUACAAGAGGAGCCCCCCUCAGGGCAACGUGCUGCUGGAGGUGUGCCGCUGCGUCGGGUUCGCCAUCAAGAACCGCUGGAGGAGAUCCCAGUACGACUCCCGGAGGACGCACUGGCUGGACUGGGCCGAGGAGAAGUACUCGAAGCGUCUGAUCCAGGAGGUGAAGAUGGUGCUGAGGGUUCUGGUGCUCUACGUCCCCCUGCCCAUGUUCUGGGCUCUGUUUGACCAGCAGGGAUCCCGCUGGACGCUGCAGGCCACCAGGAUGAACGCGGCCCUGGGAGACUCGUUCAUCGUGAAGCCCGACCAGAUGCAGAUGCUGAACGCGCUGCUGAUCCUCGUCUUCGUGCCGGUCUUUGAACUCAUCGUUUAUCCGCUCGUCGGCUUCUGCAGAAUCCGAAUCACGCCUCUGAGGAAGAUGGCCAUGGGGAUGGUGUUCGCAGCGCUGGCCUUCGGAGCGGCCGCCCUGGUGGAGCUGAACGUGGUGAGCACGGUGGUGGCCCCGCCCCCCGUGGGGGCGUGUCUCCUGCAGGUGUUGAACCUGGCGCACGGCGACAUGAGUCUGAAGCUGCCGGGCGGCGACGCCUUCCAACCGAUCCGCUACCUUCAGGACCCUCCGGCCUAUGAGACGGUUCCAGCCUCCGGUGAAGAGAUGAAGAUUCAAGUCUCCUUCAACGGGAACAUCUCAGAGUGCAACUUCACGCCUGACCAGCAGGGGGCGUACACACUGCUGGUGUCCUCCGACUCCACCGGGGUCCACUGCUCACAGGCGACCGACCACAUCACCAAGAACGAGGACGGGAGCCCUCUGCUGAGGUUCCUCAACACCUUCCCGGAGCCCGUGAACCUCACGGUGGGCGCGGUGACCUUCCAGGUGACCUCUGGCCUCAGCAUGUCUCCUAACCAGACCGUGGAGCGGGGCCGCUACCAGGAUGUGAGCUGCUGCCUGCCUGCAGGCCGUUGCUCCCUGCUGGAUCUCGGGCUGCUGGACUUCGGGGCGUCGUACACCGUUGUCCUCGUGGAGGAGGCGGGUGUGCUGGCGGCUCGCCGGCUGCAGGACGUGGCGCCCAACGACGUGAGCGUGGCGUGGCAGGUCCCUCAGUACGUGCUGCUCACCGCGGGGGAGGUCAUGUUCUCCGUCACCGGGCUGGAGUUCUCCUACUCACAGGCUCCGCCCAGCAUGAAGUCGGUGCUGCAGGCCGGCUGGCUGCUCACGGUGGCGUUCGGGAACGUCAUCGUUCUGAUCGUGGCUGAGGGGGCGGGGCUUGAACAGGUAGGACGCCACGAGACACAGGAAUGUUAGUUACCUAUUGGACAGGUGGAGCCUUAGCUCCUCCCACCAGGGUGUGAAUGAUAGUUACCUGACGGACAGGUGGAGCCUUAGCUCCUCCCACCACGGUGUGAAUGAUAGUUACCAGAAUAAAAAAAACACAAAUAUGAUAAUAAACAUGUAUAAAAUACAAAACCAUAAAAACAAAUAACAUAUAUGCGCGAGUGACUUUUUCUUUGCU